AUGGAGGCUGAAAUCAGAAGCCAGAUCCCUAGCAUCGACCCCAUCUUGUCAGAGUACUCGGUGGGGUACCUGACCCAUGCUGCCAAUUCAUUCUCUUCCGACUCGGAUCCUAACGCCCCUUCCCCGCUCGAGGAGGCUGCCGCUACUGUCGCUGCCCUGCUUCUCUCUGCUUCUGGCAAUUUGUCAAAGGACAAUGAGACAACUAUUACGAAUCUUGUUGACAAGUUCGUCUCACGUCUGAAUGCGGCGAAUGGCUCUGAUGGCGAACGCCGCCAGAUGGCCCCCUCAGCGAAGAGGUUAGAUCAGGCCGUCCACGUGGGCUCCUCAAAGAACAUGUCUGCGACCUUGGGUCUGUCUGGCGGCACUGUUGAUCUUGAGUCAGCCAACACCCGUAAGGUAGAGUCCAGGGUUGAUCGAAAGAAGCUUGAGAAGGCCGAGCGUAAACUUCGUGCCAAGCAAGACCGUAAAGAGUUCAAAAACGUCGAAUACGAAGCGUCCAAACUGCUUGAUAUCCCCAACGAAGCACAGAGCUAUGAAGACUUCUACAUGGCUGUUAACCCUCUGCAGCUGGGCUCUGAUUCCUCGAACAAGAGCAAAGACAUCAAGAUUGAUAGCUUUGAUGUCUCUAUGCCGGGUCUACGCAUUCUCACAGAUGCUUCCUUGACAUUGGCUUACGGUCGACGAUAUGGUCUGGUUGGACAGAAUGGUAUUGGCAAAUCUACAUUGCUCCGAGCCCUUGCUCGGCGUGAAGUUUCGAUUCCCACGCAUAUCUCUAUUCUCCACGUGGAGCAAGAAAUUACUGGUGAUGACACGCCUGCCCUCCAAGCCGUCUUGGAUGCAGACGUCUGGCGAAAGCAUCUUCUGAGGGAACAAGAGAAGAUUACCCAGGAACUUAACGUAUUGGAAGCAGAGCGCGCAUCUUUGGCAGACACCUCUGCAGAUGCUGAAAGGCUUGACAAGCAGCGCGAGGGCCUAGAUACUACCCUUAGUGAUGUUCAUUCCAAGCUUGCGGAGAUGGAAUCUGACAAGGCAGAGCCCAGGGCGGCCAGUAUCCUUGCUGGUCUUGGUUUCUCAACAGAGCGUCAACAGUUUGCCACAAAGACAUUCUCUGGUGGAUGGAGAAUGCGUUUGGCAUUGGCGCGAGCCUUGUUCUGCGAGCCUGAUCUGUUGUUGCUUGACGAGCCGUCUAACAUGUUGGACGUCCCAUCCAUCACCUUCUUGGCGAACUACCUUCAGGAUUACCCCAGCACGGUGCUGGUUGUAUCUCACGACAGAGCUUUCCUCAACGAAGUUGCCACCGACAUUAUUCACCAGCACUCGGAGCGCCUCGACUACUACAAGGGUGGCAAUUUCGAUUCCUUCUAUGCCACCAAGGAAGAGCGACGCAAGACUGCAAAGCGCGAAUACGAGAAGCAGAUGGGCGAACGUGCCCAUCUGCAAGCUUUCAUCGACAAGUUCAGAUACAAUGCCGCCAAGUCCUCGGAGGCUCAGUCUCGAAUCAAGAAGCUGGAGCGCAUGCCGAUCCUUCAUGCGCCCGAAGCGGAGUACACUGUCCACUUCAAGUUCCCCGAAGUGGAGAAGCUGUCUCCUCCUAUUAUCCAGAUGAGCGGCGUCUCAUUCGGUUACAGCCCGGACAAGAUUCUACUGAAGAAUGUGGAUCUCGAUGUGCAGCUCGAUUCACGUAUCGGAAUCGUUGGUCCAAACGGUGCUGGCAAGACGACAGCUUUGAAGCUGCUUAUUGGUGCCUUGCAGCCUUCAGCUGGUCUGAUCUCGCAGAACCCCCGACUCCGAGUAGGCUUCUUCGCGCAGCAUCACGUGGAUGCCCUGGACCUGAACAACAGUGCCGUAGGGUUCAUGGCCAAGCAAUACCCGGGCAAGCCCGACGAGGAGUACCGUCGUCAUUUGGGUGCAUUCGGUAUCACCGGUAUGACAGGUCUGCAGAAGAUGGAGCUGCUGUCUGGAGGUCAGAAGUCGCGUGUGGCUUUCGCGUGCUUGGCUCUGACCAACCCACAUAUUCUCGUCCUGGACGAGCCUUCUAACCACUUGGACAUCGAAGCCAUGGACGCACUGUCAGAGGCGCUGCAGAGGUUCCAGGGCGGUGUGCUGAUGGUCAGUCACGAUGUCACAAUGCUGCAAAACGUAUGCAAGAGCUUGUGGGUGUGUGAUAACGGCACGAUCGAGCACUUUGACGGCUCCGUGCAGGCGUACAAGCGCCGAAUCACAGCACAGGCCAACGAGUCCGGCGUUCCUUCCAGGUCAGACGGCUUGUCCGUGUCCACUCUUUUGUCCCCGAGUCCCAGCGACGGCACCACGCCUCGUCCACCGUACACAGUCACAGCACCCGCGAGGGACGCUUCCGUCUUGACCACCGCCGGCGAAUCACCACUACCCCCGUCCUUCUCGUCCCUCUUCUUCCCGUCCGAGGACUCCGUUGAGGCGCGCAUCAAGCCCAACGAGCCCACAAGCGAGUCACCGCCUGCAUUUGCACCGGCUCCUCCGUUCACCGACUCUGCUUCCUCCGCCGCCGUCGCAGCAACCAAAGCCGUCCUACCGCGCGACACCAAAGGCAGCUCUAGCAGCAAGGAUAUCGACGACGGAGAACCGCCGCCGCCCUACACAGAAGGAACCAGCCCGCUCGACUCGUUCACCUACGUUAUGGCUUCAGCAGGAGGUCCCGCGAGUAUCAUCACUCAGGUCUCGCAGACAGGCCCAGCGCCCCCGAUCAACCAGCUGGGUGGAGGCUCGGACGAGAACAUUACUCUGGAGCUGAGAGGAACACGAUUCACCUUGUCGCGCGAUGAGCUCCUGACUCUGCCCGAAUUCGUCCUCCUCUCCCUGUUCCCCAAUGGUCUCCUUCCCGAUGGCCAUAUGAACUCGUACCAUGAUGGCGAUGUGUAUCCAGUCGACGUGGGUAACCCCGACCCCUCCCCUCCCCCCCACCUCCCCAUGGGCACACUAGCCAAGAUCAUGUACCACCUCUCCAAUCCCGCGAUAUACUUAUCUGACAAUCUUUAUCCCUCGCAGUACGACCCCAACUCCCUCCAGUACAUGCUCGAGUUCUUCCGCGAUGUAGCCCAAACCAUACCUGCGUCGCCUCCCUCGCCGACUGCCGCCUCCGAUCACGCCGCUGAGGCAGUGCCCAUUGAGCCCAUGCAUGGUUCCGCAAGAGACAUGCUGCAAGACCGCGCUGGCAUCAUUGUUCUCCGCGAGGAUCUUGACUUCUAUGUUAUCCCACCGCAUCGCGAUAUUGCCCAACCAGAGAUGAUUGAGGUCAAACGCGCGGCAGGGGAGGCGUUGUUGAGGCAAGAGGGUAUCUUCUCAGGACUCAGGAAAAGUGAGGAGCCCGGUACUACAGAACAGCAUCUGAUUGAGAUGCUGACUGCAGGCGGCUUCAACCACGAUGAUCACUGGGGCCACCGUGCCGGAGAGCCCAACAAGGCUGUCAUCUGCAGCAUUGCUCUCGCGCGCCUCAGGACUGACAUCAAGGGCAACGAUGUCGCAAACAGCAACGCUGUCGGUAUGGCCCAGAAGCUAUUGUUGUUUUGGAGGAAACCCGCGCGCCGAUGCUGGUGGGAAGGUGUAGAGCUUGACAACGUCAGAGGUGUAGAAGGCAAGCUUAAGGUCUGGAUACGAAGGGUUUGGACGCUUGAGAUGAGCGUCAUUGGCCUGCGUUAA